AUGUUCUCGUUGGCUUUGGAUUCUAUUCAACCUUUACUUAUUCUAACAAAGUUAUUCGGUUUUAGCUUUUUCACUUUGGAUGAAGAUACUUUUGAAGUGAAAUUUGCUAAAGUUGACGUCUUGUGUGUACUUUUUAAUCUGGUGAUAGAAGGAAUUAUUCACAUUAAUUAUUGGGGAGCAUAUUUUUAUCUGCCGAAUACAUCAGAAAUUGUCAACAUCGUUCUUCCUUCAGUUGCUUACCUGAAUUGUUGUGUGUUGCUUUUCUCAAAAGUUUGGCUAUUUUGUAAUCGACACAAAAUCAAAGUUUUCUUAAGGCUUUUGUGUGGUAUUGACAGUGAUUUCGAAAACUUAAACUUCAAAUUUGAUUAUAAAAAGCAACGCCAUUUUGUCAUUAAAUUGAUGGUUCUUGUCAUCUUCAUUUGGACAGUGUUAAGUCUAUCAACUUUGAUUUUUCAUUCAUAUUAUCACUACAUGGAAGUGAAAACUUACAAUUGCUUCAUUCUCUUUAUGUGGGCAUUUUUUCUUAACAUGGUUUUGAUAAGUCAAUUCUUAGUUUUUAUUUUUGCGAUCAGAGAUAGAUUUAUAGCAAUAAAUCACAUGAUCAGGUCACAAGGUGCAAAACAAAAGUUGAUUGUGCAACUUGCAGAAAUUCGGAUCAAACUUUUUAAAACUUGCACUCUCAUUAAUGAAGUUUUUUCACCCACAAUGAUCUACCCGUUAGCUAUGAAUGUUUGCUUGGUGUGCCUAUUUAUAUUCAAUACGUUCGUGAGCUUUAAAGAUAUUUGGAGGAAUGAAAUUUUGUUUAUUGCAAGCGCGAGUUGCCUUAAACUUCAUCAGACAGUUUCAAUUGUUUGUCUUAUGUGGGUUUGUGAAGCUACGCUAAAGGAAGACCAGAAAAUUCUCUACAAUCUCUUUGAAAAUCUAGUGAAGACGCAGGAAUGCGAGAAAAGUCAAAAGCAAAUUCUACAAUUUACUCAUCAAAUUAGCAACAUGAAAAUUAAAUUCUCUUGUGGCCUUUUCGAGUUCAAUUGGAGACUUUGCUUUCAGAUGAUCAGCGCAGUUGCGAUGUAUUUCUUCAUUUUGAUACAAUUGGAAAAUGCAAUACCAAAGAAUGUUUAA